AUGGAUUCCCAUUAUGACAUUGAGUUUGUUUUUCCAAAUGAUGAGCCUCCAUUUGACUCGUCUUCUUCUGAUGAUGAGUUGGAACUUACUCUAGCUAUUGCCAUAGAAGAAUUAAACAAUGAAGGAGCAGCAACAUCACGUCGUCGUUCUAUUCAACCUCGCAGGUUUAUCUGGUAUAAUCCUUUGCAAGAUCAUGACAGGCUUUUCCAAGAUUAUUUUGCUAAAACAGCAGUGUAUCCUCCUAAUCAACAAAAGAUGAACAAGUCACAGAAUGCUAAUCAGUUCUACAAAAUGGCCACUGUUAAUCAGUUCUACAAAUCACAGAUGGAGUCCUUUGCUAUUGUACGUAUCAUGAUCUUGGUUUUAGUGACAAUAAUUUGUGGUAUUGGGGAAGCGGCUCAAGUUGAAUAUUUUAAUGUUAUGGAUUAUGGAGCCAAAGGAGAUGCCAUUACAGACGAUUCUGUGGCAUUUUUAAAGGCAUGGAAUGAUACAUGUAAUUCCGAGACCGAUGAACCUACUAUGGUUAUUCCAAGAAGGCAAUUUUUCUUGCGACCCACAACCUUUCGUGGUCCUUGCAAGUCUAAAGUUCAUUUUGCUAUUUUGGGAGUUUUAUUUGCACCUUCUGGUCCAAAGGAAUGGAAAGAGUUGAAUGAUACUGUGAAAUUUAUAGAAUUUGAGUAUGUGAAUGGGCUCUAUAUACAUGGGGUUGGCCUAAUAAAUGGUCGUGGAAAGGGUUGGUGGGAUAUCUCAUGCAGAUAUCAUCCUGACCUUAAGGAAUGUGGCAAAGGUGCACCCACGGCACUCAGAUUUCAUAAGAGUAAUGAUAUCCACAUGAGCCAGAUUAGAAUAAUUGAUAGUCCCCAAACCCAUAUUCUUUUACUGGGAUGCAAUGAUGUUGAAUUCGAAGGCCUAUUCAUAAAAUCACCAGAUGGAAGCCCAAACACUGAUGGAAUUCAUAUUCAAGCUACAAAUAAUGUAUUCAUCAACAGUUCCUUUAUUGGCUCUGGUGAUGAUUGUGUCUCUAUUGGAGAUGGAAUUUCAAAUGUAAACAUCACUUAUGUCACGUGCGGGCCGGGUCAUGGAAUAAGCAUUGGAAGUUUAGGCGGAAGUGGAAAUGUGGUAAAUGUAUCAAACAUCCAUGUGAGGCAUGCUAUCUUCAAUGGGACACAAAAUGGGGCACGAAUCAAGACAUAUCAGACUGGGAGAGGUGAAGUUCGGGAUGUUGAGUUUUCAGAUAUAAAAUUCAUAGACGCUGGAAAUCCAAUAAUCAUCGACCAAUACUAUUGUGGCAACCCUAAUGGCUGCCCACCAACAAAUGUUGGAGUUCAAAUAAGCAAUGUGAGCUACACAGACAUGUAUGGGACAUCAAAGGCCGAUGUAGCAGUCAAUUUUAAUUGCAGUGGAAAUGUUGCUUGCACCGACAUCAAAUUGGAAAAUAUCAACUUGACAUCUUCAACAAUUGGGAAGCAAGUCACUUCUAGUUGCAACAAUGCUUAUGGAGAGGCAAAAGGAACGAUUGAACCCAAGUCCUGUCUAAAUUCGAAAACUUGA